UGAAAACAUAGAGACGUGUAACUUUGACAGUUCCGGGAAAAGCCAUAGGAAUAGCUGAGAUUGCUCAAACUAAAAUCGUGAUCAAUGUCUUGUAGUAAAGAAAGCGACUUUUGACGUUUCUGUUCUAAUGACAAGCUUGCACACGAAGAAAACUAGACGAAAUUGUUAAAAACCUCUUUCAAAACACUCGCCGGAAUGCUGAGUCGAUCUAUAGUCGUGCAAAGUCUCAGGAGUAUUAGAGAUAGAUUUUUUAAUACAAGACGACAAAGAAAUGACCAAAGUGAUGCUCAGGAUGUGCCAAAUCAUGACGUCACCGGCCCCUCUCUGGACAAUCUGUUGGUGGACAUGCAGUUUCUCAUUAUGACCUUCCUCUCUCCACAAGACCUCUGCAGACUGGGAGGCACAAGUACAUACUGGCGAUCAAUGGUUAAAGACCCUGUCCUGUGGAAGUACUUCCUGUUGCGUGAUAUGCCACUCUGGCAGUCAGUUGACCAUUUAUCAAUGCCUCAGGUCAAGCUCACCGGCACAUCUGUGCUGGAUGACUCUGAGAUGCAGCAAAUUAAUUAUAUGGCAGAGUAUCUACGGGUCUGCCCAGCAUGUCGCAACCAAUGGCGAUGUCAACCCAGUUCAACAUUUGAGUCUGUGACUUCCUUCUUCCAGUCCCUUGUACCAGUUGCAGAGCCACAGUUUGCCAUGUUUGGCCCCGGACUUGAGCAGUUAGAGGUUUCCCUAAUGAAUAAGAUCAUGCAUUCCCAUGAUGUACUGCCUAUAGCCGGAAUACCUCAACGCCAAAUUGAUGGCAUUGGAUCUGGAAUCAGUUUUAAGUACAAAGAUCAGCACCGAUUCAAUAUUAUAACUUUGUAUUCGAUCAACAGGACAGAGAGAGAGAGGGCUCGCCUGGAGCAGCUCAGUCUGCGCAGUAAGCUUUUUGUCUAUCAGGAGGAUAGUGAGUGCAAUAUGCCCUUAAGUCUCAACCCCAUGUUUAAUGAAGUUUGUCAAGCUGUGAACGGAUUCAUCUUUGUGGCAAAUGCUGAGACAAAAAGAGGAUCUAACAGAGAGUGGGAGGAGGAAAGUGCUCAGAUUAGGGUCAUGUUAGACCCUCUGCUAGGUGCUGUGUCCCAGCCUAUUCUGGUGCUCUCUUGUGUUUCUAGAGAGACAGCAGACAGACGAAGGAUACCAUGUGUGACUGUGGCCUAUCAGCUGCAGCUCAGCUCACUGUGCAACCCCUGGAUGGUUCAGGACACUACUGCAGAAACACUAACAGGACUGCUGGAUGGUAUUGAUUGGCUACUGAGGCAUUCUGGAGUCAAGCUGUGAACACCAAGACAGUUAUGAAGCUGCACAAUGUAAUGGCCAUUUAAUAGAGGCCUUUCAAACAUCUUAUUAUCAGUAACAAGCAAGAUUACACCAUGUAAGGUGGUUUAUUUUCCAUCUAUCAAAUAAAACUUUGGUAACACUUUCUAUGAAGCCCAUAUUUAUAAUGCAUUGUAAAGGUAAAUUUUGAGAUAUUACGAAAAACACUUGUAAAGCUACAAGGUUCAAAUAUAUCAGAAGCUCUAAAUAUGUAUGUUGAUCACACGUAAACACACCCAAGAAUAAAAACAAAAUCAAACUGAUUCUAUACUGGACUCUAUUCAAUAAACUUUAAUGUUUGCGCAUCUUAUUUGGAGACAUAUUUUUAUUAAUAACGUCCAUUAUAUAAGUUUGACUUGUAAUGUAUUGUGUUACAAGUUUAUGUUAUGGCUGUUUAUAAGAAGAUAUUGCUUUUGUAACUUCACUUAAAGCAGGCAAAGACCACUUAUAAUAUGAUUACGUCAUAAAGACUUUUGACUGUUUACGCUAUACAGCACUUAUACGAUUAACUUUAUUAACUUCUGCUUUGUUAAAUUAGGAUGUUGCUUGUAUUAUAAUGCAGUAAACUCUAAAGUAUAACUAUGAAUAGGGGACGUCUUAUAACUACAGUUAUAAUACAUUAUAAUUACUUAUGAGAAGUUAUAACUUAUUAUAAGGUGUAUUAUGAGACAUUAUAAAUUCAGUAUAAUGCCUUUACAAUGCAUUAUAAAUAUAGGCUUCAUAGAAAGUUUUACCAAAACAUUUUGUAAUAUACUGUAUGUAUGCCAUGCACUUAUAUAGUGGAUUUCAGUCAACACUUUCCUGUAAUACUUUUUACAUGCUCAUUAUUUUUGUUUUAAAGGCGUCUUAUAAUUGGGAUUUUUAGAUUAUUAAUUAUUUUGCUGUGAAAAUAUUUUAUUGUUUGUAUUAUGUUUUAUUGCUAUUAUUUAUUUAUUUAUCUCUGCACUGUAAAAUCGAAUUAGUUGACCUUUCAUGCUUUUUCUAUAUAGUAACAUAUACAGUAUAUUUGAGUUAUAAUUCCAAACUGUGACAUUUCAAGAACUGUUUAAUUACACUGAACAAAAAUAUAAACACAACAUUUAAAGUGUUGGUCCCAUGUUUCAUGAGCUGAAAUAAAAGAUCCCAGAAAUGUUCCAUACGCAUUGAUUAGAUUAGAUUAGGGCCUAAUGCAUUUAUUUCAAUUGACUGAUUUCCUUAAAUGAACUGUAAUUCAGUAAAAUCUUUGAAAUUGUUGCAUGUUGCGUUUAUAUUUUUGUUCAGUAUAGGACCACUUGAUAUUUUUUAUUAAUGACAACUUUAGGGUUUAGAGAGUAACAGUAACUUAAUUAAAACUAGUAAGAAUAGUAAAAAAGAAAGCUUAAAUUGAGUCAACAAUUUUUUUAUAUGUAUAUUUGAGAUAAAUCUUAGUAUUUAUAGUGUGGAUAAAUGAAUAUGUUUGCACAAAUAUACUUUUCUUUUUCCUUCUGAAUAUAUCUUUGGUAAGUAAAGAUAAUACAAUUAAAAACUUUAAAUGUGUAACAGUGA